CAGAACGGGCGGCAGAACGGACCUGCUGGACAAACGGUACUGUCACAAGGAUUCUUACAUUCGUACUCAGGAGUGUUUGCUUUCUACAUCCGCCCACCGCUUGCAGACUCCACCAGGUCCGGACCAGUAGGGUGGGUCACAGAUGAGACGAAAGAGACAUUGUUUUGGAGGACAGCGUCAGGGAGGAGCCAUGUAAAGAGGGUUUGGCACCGACACAGAACCGCAGUUGGUCUCAGACGAUAUGAGACAGCGUGUCGUCGUGUGACGCGUCUCACCGAAGACGGACAGCAGCGCUUUUACUUGUCACAUGAGGACCUGAUGCCACAGGAUGACCGACCCGGGGGAGACAGCGAGUGUUCCCGGCCCCUCCGGCCUCAGUCUGGCACAGGGCAGACGGCUCCCAGGCCGGGUCAGGAGUCUGUCCUCCCCGACUCCACCUGGGAGACUGACGUCCCUCAGAACCAGGGACCUGACACUGGGAGGGGGGCUCAAAAAACCAAAGAAAACCUUUGAGCCAAACGUCCAUGCUGUGAGGAAAAGCAAAGAUGAGGUAAAGGAAAAGGUCCAUGUGGCUCCAAAAAAGGAGAGAAGAGACAGGAAUGAGAGGAUGAGAGAGAACAGAGGGAGGAGGAGAGAGAGGCCUAAGACCAUCCAGUCCCACUCCAUCUUUGAACAGGGUCCUGCCGACACUGUACGCAAAACAGGCUGGCGUGGUGCGUCAGACUUGCAUGACUCCAGCUCCUCUACGGUGUGUAAACUGGUGAAGAAAGAGAGGAAAGAGUCAGAGGAGGAUGAAGAUGAAGAUGAGAUACUCUGUAAACUACAGAGGGAUGAUUUCAUAGAUGAUCCAGGCCUGAGGAACGACGCCAAGUUGAAACCCAUCCAGCUGCCCCUGAGUCAGUGCAGCAGCUUCACAGUGACGGCCAGCACAACAUGUCUAGAGAACCCCGCUCUGUUCAGACCUCCGUCCUGUGGAGCUCCAAGGACAGCAGGCCACAGCAGGACAGAGCUGCCCCAGCCAGAGCAUCCGUCCCUGGUAGAAGUGCUGCAUGAUCUCAGCCUGUCUGGCAGAGAGGAGCUCUUCUUCAUGCAGUUACCUGACUGUAUGCCCAGCAGAACACCUGAGCAGAAGGUCGACAGUGCUCAUGGAUCUACAGCAGAUAAUCCUGCCAAGAAGGAAGGCAAGCCUGAGGACAAGAGGCCUGGACAAGUGCAAGAGGCUGCAGUGAAGGAUGGCUUUCCUGCGCUGUCUCAAUGCCCAGAAGGAUUUCUGGGUAAACUUCAGAUCAGGAAGUCAGGAAAGGUGGAGCUGAAGCUGGGCGAUGUCAUCAUGGACGUCUCUGAUGGAGCUGCAUUUUCCUUCCUGCAGCAACUGGUGUCUGUACGUCUCUCUGAAGGCCGGACUGGAGACAUGAUGGUGUUAGGAAACGUCCACCACAAACUGGUCUUAUCUCCUGACUUCCAGGCCUUACUGAGACAAGCUGCAACACAGCAGCAAGGCCCCUGAUCAUCAACACACUGACUCUUUUGAGUUUUGUAGGCUUCCUGGGCACUGCUGGGGCAAAGGACAUGGAGUCUAAUGUCUGUUCUCCAUACCUAAGCUAUGAGGUUUAAAGGCAGCUAUGUUAGUUACCCUCCAUACCCUGUUUGUAUGUAUAUUGUUUUGUGAUUUAUUUUUUAUUUUAGUAUUCAGAAAAUUUGGACAGUUUUAUAAUAACAGUUUCCUCGUCAGUGUAAAGACACUGCCAGAAUAGACCUGUUUUCUUGGAAAGAUGGUAUCUGAUCUGCAGGGAUACUAUACAACUUGUAUACUGUUACCUGAACACUUCACAGGUGGAUGACACAGAGAGGUCAGUCCUUCAUAUACCAGCACAGCAGCUAACAUGAUUGUGAGCUUGAGACACCAGCAAAGGACAUCUUCAGUUACAGUGAGCAUCCACUCAGAGAAAGAACACAAGGAUGCUCACAGCUGACACCAGAGACCAUGUUGGAACAGAGACAGGUUACAGUUUCCACCACAUGUUGUGUUCAACAUAUGUGAAUAGGUCAAUAAACUGAACGAGUGACUCCAUUUUAACUUAUAGGUGCUUUGAUAAGCUGGCCUGCUCAAUAACUAACUGCACUGAUGUACAGAUGGAUUUGUUUUGUCAUCUUGAGGUAUUAAAAUUAAUGUUUUUUUGUUUUUUUUUUGUUGUUGUUUUUUGCUACCUCAGCAUUGUUUGUUUUCACACAUCUGUCAAAAUGUUGCACAUCAGCAUCAAAGUGUAACUUCACAGCCGAUACAAA